GCUUGAGUAUCUCGUAUGUAAAUCGAACUCCUCUUGUCGCAUUACAUACAGCCUUGUGCUGAGUAUUUUCAUUCCACUCUUUCAAACAGUUGGCUGUCUGACAUGAGAUGAAUCCUUCGCUCGCUCGUUUUCUUUUUAAUACUUCUAAUAUCAUUCCACCUCCACCUCACUGUCGUUUCCUCGCCGGGCUCGUUAUGGAAAACAAUACAGGAUCUUACAUGAAGUGAAGCAUUUAGGCAGAACCCUCGCCCCACCUCCAACAAGUAUCUAUAUUGUAUCCUUGGCUACUACAAUUACCCUCGCUUUCAAACCUUUGACACAGCUACGACAAUUGUAUCGCACAUCAUGGCCGAUGUCGAAGAGCCGCAGUUCACCACCCUUGCGCAGCGCAUUGCUGCUUUGAAGCAACAACAGGCAGAUGACUCUUUGGUCCCUCAGAAUAAUUCUCUGGCAAUAGCUAAACGGCCACCACCACCCCCUAUCCCAAGUUCCAAUCGUCCCCCCCUUCCUACGAGACCAAAGACUGCCAACAAUCCUCCAAUUCUUACAUAUGGUUCGGCUGUGAACCAGAAACCAUUCAAUGAACCGAUUGGUGCAAAGUCAAACUCACCCUCAGUCGAUCGCGAUGGUCCGACGAACAAUGCCAAGAGUCCUGCUCUCCCACCUCGAAAUGCUCCUCCUCCAUUGCCCACCAGGAAAGCUUCAACGCCGUCUCUGCCACCGAGGAGAGCAUCUACAUCAACACAAUUGGCAAGAAGAGGCUCGGGAGACUCGACCAUAUCACAAGUCUCCACUGUCUCCGCCAUAUCAUUGAACAGUUAUGGCAGACCUCCCUCUUCAAUAACAUCCAUUGGGUCAACGGAUAAGAGAAUGUUGCCCCCUCCUUUGGAUAUGGCAAAGCUUCCGCCUUUACCACCUUCAAGGAGGGAAUUGCAGGAGAAGGCAAGAUUGGAGCAGAAGGCUAAAAUACCACUCGUUUCCGUAAGUAUUAUUAGCAGAUUUUACACAAUGUUGGGCUGUAGGUUUGGGUGGACCGGGUGUCCUAUCAAAUUCUAUCCACUUCAUGUAGAGCUUCAGACACUGUUACCGCAACUUUUUCUCCUAGCUUCCAAUAGUACAGAGUUAACAAACUUACAUUACAGACCAAGUCAGCCCCGGUUGUUCUUAAGCAGCCUCCAGUUGUUGAUCGUGAGAUGCCACCUAAAAUGCCUUCAAGGCCAAAUGGCCCACCAAAAAUGCCUCCAAGACCAAUUGCAAACAUUGAGGAAGGAAAGUCAAUUGCUUUACCACCACGAAGAUUACCACCUCCAUCUUCCACUCGUUCUGCUUUAUCCCUAGGGUUCGGCAACAAGUCAACCGAAACACCAAAUCCUACACCAAGGCCAGACCUUACACACAACAGAACCCCUGCACCUGCCAUCCAAGAACUGAACUCCGAUAAUUUUGAUCGUGUCGUUGUCUCCGGGAAAUUUGCUCUUGUGGAUUUUUAUGCCCCAUAUUGCAAAUAUUGUGUCGAAUUGGACCCGCAUUACAAACAACUUGCCGAGGAUUUUGCAUUUGCUUCUGACAGACUUGUGAUUGCCAAGGUUGAUGUCGACGAACAUAAAUCUUUCAUGGCCAGAUAUGGCAUACAAGGAUAUCCGACCAUCAUGUUCUUCGAUGGAAAUGGAGAUAACCCCGAAACGUAUCAGUAUAUGAGAGAUACGGCUGCUAUGACGGAGUUCUUGACUAAAAAGACCGGAAUAUCACCAUCUGAUGCACCAAAACCUGGAGGAGGAGCACCACCACCUAUUAACCUUAGAUCAAAGCCAACAUCGGCUCAAGUGAAAGCUGUAAGUGCUGCUCCAACUACAUCAUCUUCUUCAAUGGGCUGUCUCCUAUGUCGAGACUUUUCUGGCCCGGAUCAAAUUGCAUCAAAAUAUUCAAGAGAAUUCCUUCCAAGAUCACCUGAUAAUACAGGAUAUCUUGCUGAUGUUCUUUGUCACCCUUUCAGUUCACCUACUGAUAAAGCUCGUGCGAUAUUCGUUUGGCUUCACCAUAAUAUAGCCUAUGACACUGGAGCCUUCUUUGGCAAUCGAGUCAAAAAUGUUACACCGGCCGAUACUAUUAAAACCGGCUUAGCAGUUUGUGGUGGAUACGCUGGUCUGUUUACAGCUAUUGCACUUAAAGCAGGACUCGAAGCCAUCAUGAUAACGGGCCAUGGAAAAGGAUUCGGAUAUGCACCACUCAAACCAGGAGAAUCAUGUCCACCACCUAAUCCAGGUGGCCAUGCCUGGAAUGCAGUUCGUAUUGAUGGGGGAGAAUGGAAACUUAUCGAUGCAUGUUGGGGAUCUGGUCAACUAGGAGACGAUCAAACGUACAACAAGAAUUUGAUCUCAUCCUACUUCACCAUGUCGAAUGAAGAAUUUGGUCUCAAACAUUUCCCAGCUGAUAAAGCACAUUUUUUUAGAAAUGAUACAAGAAUUUUAAGCUGGGAGGAAUAUUUUAUUGGAAAUAUCGGUGGUGAACCAUUACAAAUUUUCAGCUCUCCAGAGGAUCACCACGGUAUCUCCCAAACUUCUAUCGCACCCCCUCAGAGACACAUGCAAGCCUCACCCACAUCCAACGAAAUCAUUCGUUUCCAAUUUUCCAAAAUAUGUACACAUUACGACUUUGAGCGCAACGGACCUGGUAAGCCAUAUUGUAUGUUGUUGAAAAUAGGAGGGAUCGAUGGGAGAAAGGAGGAUAUGAUACCAUUUGAAUUCGAUGGCUUUUGGUGGUGGGUAGAUGUUAGGGUUAAGGAACUGGGAGCGAGGGGUCAAACGAUUAGUUUGUUUGCGAUCACGAGUGUCAACGGAGAGGAUGCUAGGGGAAUGACGAAGAGGGAGUACGAGGUGAAGAAGGGGAAGUGUGGGAUGGGCUUUGCAGGGGUUGCGGCUUGGGAGCUAAGUUGAAGUUGAUGAGGUCGAUUAGCGAGCUUCGCGUAAACUUAAUGGUAAUAUCUUCUGUUUUGUUCUCGUUUGGUACACGGCGUCUGGUGAAGUGCCGGGCUUGAAGGGUAUUGGCACAUAGGAUAUCAUGAUUCGUAUCACCUUUUUUCUUCUUCUUUUGACUUCAUAGUCGCACAGAAUACCCAAAGAAGCAUAGCAUAAUGCAAAUCGAUAAUUUUUAUUUUUCAUGUCUUCCACGUGGCUCCACCCAUCAGAUGCUAAUU